AUGGCUAAAAAUAAGAUCAGAGUUAUUGCCAGUCAUUUAGUCAAUACAACAACUAUUAGUGAAAACUAUCGACAAUUGGUUGACCACCAAAACACCAACAAUACUAGCCGUCAUCAGCAUCAUAACCAGCAUCACCAUCAACACCAUCAUCAACAACAACACUAUCAUCUAACACAACAACAACAGUUAUCAUCGAUUAAUGAGAUUAUUACCGAUGAGGACAACUUGGAAGAGGCGCUCAAAAAGUUUAUCCAAGUCUGGGACCGGACUCAUGGCUUAACCCAUGAUAGUAGUGGUUCUGAUGGUGAUAGUAGCCAUCAUCAUCAUCUGCAAACAUCAUCAUCGACCAGUGGAUCAGCUGCUUCAUUGUCAAACAGCAAUCACAACAAUAGCCUAAAAGAUAUUAAUACUUUUAAUAAUAAUAAUAAUACAACUUCUAUGUCAUACUUAUUAAGUGGCUAUCAAUCAGACGCUGCUUCUCCAUCAGCAUCAUCGUCAUCGUCAUCAUCAUCAGCGGCAGACAGUUUACUAACCGCUGAUCAUCAACAAGACUUUCAGACACUGAUUGCCCAGACAUUAGCCAAACAAUUAACUAAUAAGAAGAAGAAGAAUAAGAAGAAACAACAGACAACCAAAAACAAUGGCAACGACGACGAUGUGGUCGUCGAUGAUGACGAUGACGACGACCACGACGACGAAGAUGACGAUGAUCUCGCUUACGAUGAACAGUCAUUAUCGGGUGUCAACUGUACCCGUUGUGUACUACACGAAGAGGCCAAAACCCGACGACUGGAGACCAUCAAAGUUAAUAUCUUAAACAAAUUGGGCCUAAAAUCGGCACCGAAUAUAACCGGCAAACCGUUGCCCCGAAUACCGCCACUCCAUCAUCUGCUCGACCGAUACAAUAUGCUUGGCGACGAUCCGCGGCUGCUGACCGGUCAGCAGCUGUUUAACGGUUUUAAUAUCGACGACAACGACCAGACCAUCGACAAGGAUGGGGACAACGACGGUAUCGGCGGCGGCGGUGAUGACGACUACGAAGAGUUCUUUGUCAACGCCGAACGGUCCAUCAGUUUUGCACAAAAACCUCCGGGUCAUCUGAAUAUACCGCCAGAAGUUAAGUGCCAGUACUUUAGGUUUUCGGCAAACGUACUCAACGCUCACGUAUCCAAAGCACAUCUAUGGGUAUUUGUUAGGCCAACCAAUCAUCAGCUACAGGUCGACCAACAGUUGUCGACCACUGCCUGGAUAGUUGUCUAUCAGAUUGUUAGACAAGAAAACGGAAACGAUUCGCCAACACUAUUGCAUGUUAGGGCCAAAAAAAUUGAUGUCAACUCGAAAAAAGGUGUAUGGGUUCAGAUUGAAUUGAAAAAGCUGGUCAGCCAAUGGUUCAGACAUCCCGGCGAUAAUCUUGGACUGGCUAUACAUUCCUAUGAUAAGGACGGCAAAGAGCUGGCGGUUAUUGAGGCCAACUCUAAUGAGGACAACUCAUUGAUGCCAUUCAUUGAGGUACGGGUCGAGUCUAAGGCGGCUAACCGUCGCCGACGUAUGGCUGGCCUGAACUGCGAAGAAAAUUCACACGAAGUCCGCUGCUGUCGAUACCCGCUGACCGUCGACUUUGAAGAGUUUGGGUGGGAUUGGAUAAUAGCACCGAAACGUUACGAAGCCAACUACUGUAGCGGCGAGUGUCCCUAUGUUUUCCUCCAGAAAUACCCGCACACCCAUCUGGUACAACAGGCCAACCCGUCCGGGUCGGCCGGUCCGUGUUGUUCCCCGAGGAAAAUGUCGGCCAUAUCUAUGCUAUACUUUGACGAUAACUAUAAUAUUAUAUACGGUAUGCUACCGGGUAUGGUAGUCGACCGGUGCGGAUGUUCGUAA